AUGAAAACUCGCCACAACAUAUUAUUUUCCAUUACACAUCUUUUUCAUUGCGAAAUGGCUGACUAUUGGGUUUCUCAACAAAGACACUGGUGCAAAUACUGCAAGAAAUUUGUUGCCAACAACAAACCUUCCAUUCAACUCCACGAAAAUGGUAGAUCACAUAAAGACGAAGUUGAAAGAUUUCUGCGUGGAGUGUAUCAAAAGGGGCGACAAGAUCAAGAAGAUGCAGAGAGCGUGCGCCGUGAGUUGGCACGUAUAGAGCAGGCAGCACGACACUCUGUUGGCAUACAAGAUAGAUACAAAUCAUCGCCUGGACCCAGUAGUUAUGCAGAUAAACCAAUUCGAAAAGCUACCGAGUAUUACGUGAGUCCCAAUGUACCCACAAUCGAGGAACUGCGUCAACAGUCUGAGGCAGAGAAGGUCAAAUUGCAAGGACGUGAGGAAUGGGCAGUGAAUAAGGAAAUCGCCAAAGUGGGUGAAUGGGAGACAGUAGUAUCUACACCAGCAUCAGUAGAUCCCACUGAAAGCACUAUCACCAAGAACGACCAAAGAGCAGAAUCCACUUCAAUGCAUGAUCAGGGCGCAGAGUUUCAAGACGAUGAUGAGGACCAAGAAGAUUUGCAUCACUUUAAAAUUAAGGAGAAGGAAUAUCCUGUUGAUUUAGACAUAGUGCCUGAACAAGAACAAGACAGCGAGCCAUUGACGUUUAAAAAGAGAAAGAACGACGGUGAUGGCACCACGUUCAAGUCAAGAAAGAAGAAGCCUCUUCGCAAAAAGGAUUGA